AUGCCACCAGAAGGUAGGCGAGCUUUGUCAGUCACCAUUGGUCAAGCCUCGUCGAUUGGUUCAGCAGAUCUGAUCUCUUCGAGACCAUCUCGUAUUCCGUCACGCCCGAGACAAAAAUAUCGCACACUCCGCAGGACGAAGUCAGUACCAUUGAGCACAGAUGAAGGCGACCAAAAUGAUCUCAAGCAACUCAGCUUUGAGGACAACCCAACUGAGCCACGCUCUCCGGUCAGAGUAAACGGCAAGAGACGCAAAUCUGUAACUGACACCACACGCGAUGGUGUGCUUGGCCCACGACGAGCAAGCAGCAGGAGGCCAAGUCACAGGAAUCUCGAGCAAGACGUUAGAUUACCAAGCAAAUCUGGCAUACAUGGCAAAAGACGCUCCAUAAGUACGCACAAUGAUAAGGGUUUAAACAGGAUUGAACAAGACCAAGAAGAUGGAAAAGUUGUGCCACUAGCUCAAUCUCGAGGUCGAACAAGACACCGAACGCCAACUGCUUUCCCGGCAGUGCCAGAAAUACAACUCGAGCACUCUCCAAGCCCAACUAUACCAUUAAGGAGCAAGAUAAAUACAGCACGACGUGCGAGCGUGACUGCUGGAAGUAGGUCAAGAACAAGCAGACAUGUUAAGCCACAAGCUGCCAACCAGCUCACACUUCCCGCAACGUCAAGCAAUAAUAAGACGACAGAAGCGGCCCUCCGCCUGACCAAAGGUGUUUUUCUUGUGAAGAAAGGUUCAGGAAUAAAUGAGUACCGCUUUCCUGCCCCCAACAGCCAACCAGAGCAGGCGUGGUGUCCAGGGGAUGGGUUCUCUGGCGAUGAAGGUAAUCCAGAUUUCGUCUUCUAUGUCACUGGACAUAAGAAGAGACGGCGGUCGAUAUCAAUGCCAGGAAUUGGACAACUCACCACCAGACGUUCCGCUGAACAGACCAGUAGCAUUCGAGAUUCCGGGAAGCACAGAAACCGGCAGCUAUCCAGGUAUCGACGGACAACUCUUCUGCGCGGGGCUGCCAAAGACCAAUGGCCUACCUAUGACAAUUUCAUGGACAGCACCUUGCACAUCCGCUCAAAGCUGCCGGCCAUACGAGGCAAUCUUGUUAAUAUCCAGCCAUCGAGUGAAGACCGCCUGCCACAGAACAUGGGGAUACACGAGCCACAUCCAACCUUGAAGUAUGCACCGAAACGCGGAGAUGGGAUUCUAGACCUCAGGAAUUUUAUCAGCAGUGCCGGGCCGGAGGUGCACAGCUCGUAUUCCUCCGCUAUUAUGCGCAUGAGAACGACAAGAAUGUCGAGCCCGUUGAGAGAGCCCGACGGAGAGACUUCUGUGGACCCUGACGAAGCUUCGUCAGAGGACUCCAUCAUGCAUGAGAUAGGAUAUACCUUGACGCCGUCGAAUAAGAACAGCUCGAGCAGUGAUCACUCGGACGAGUCUCUUCAUUCGUUGUGGGACGGGGAGGGGAACCACUUGUAUGUUGAUGAUAUCCGCGCGCUGAAAAGACAGAAGCGGUACUGUUCGGAGGAGGAAGAGCUGAAAGAUGGAGGGGAUGGAGUGAGUAGAUAUCGGCAAGAAGACCAAGCUUGCGAACAAUCUAAUUCCUCGCAAGAGAGCGACGGAGACUAG